AUGUCUACUAUUCGACAAGAACUACUUCAAUCGGCUGUAAAAUUUCUUAAAGAUUCACAAGUUAAAAGUAAACCUCUUCAAAAACGAAUAGCAUUUUUAGAAUAUAAGGGUUUGACAUCAGAUGAGAUUGAAGAAGCGUUAAUAAUAGCCAAUGAUGAAGAUAUAACUAGUGAUGUACAAGAAGUGUUUCUGUCACAACCUAAUAAAACUUCAGUUUCUGAACAAAUAACUUACACUCAAUCUUCAAUUCCAAGAAUUGACUGGAAAGAUUAUGUCAUUGCAGCUGCAUUAGUUGGUGGUAUUGGAUAUGUUAUAGCAUCUAUUGCAAAGAAUUACAUUGUCUCUUUUCUGGGAGCAUUAACGUCCGAUGACCUUGAACACGAAAAACAGUUAUUUUCAGAUCAAUUUACCACCACCACAGCAAGUUUAGAUGUCUUAAAGUUUGAUACGCAAAUUAUCAAAAAAAGCUUAAAAGAACAAUCAUUUGAAGUUAACAAAAUAUUAGAGAUACUGGAUAACGUGUUAAGAGAUUUGAAAUAUUAUGAAGAAAGAAAAGAUAUAGAAUUGGGAAAUUUAAAAGAAGAUAUGGAUUCAAUACGAGAUUUAAUUCCAAAGCUGCUUGAGGAAUCUGAAGAUUCUCAAGAACAAUUGCUUACUAGUCUGCAGCAAGAACUCAAAUUACUAAAAUCACUUGUCAUUCUACGAGCUCUUCCCACACAAACAAACAGUUCGCAAAUAGUUGAAACUUUGGCUUCAUCGUUAUCCAUAAAUACUAAUAUGUCCACAAACUCCGGUGCGAUCUCUAAUCGUUCAUCAAUUCCG